AUGGCGACAGCGAAGACCACGACAAAUACUACAGCAAGAUCCUCAAAACUUCCGGUGAGACGUACAUCCGCAUCAACAGCCAGCAUUAUCUCUUCAAUGACGACUGCAAUGCAUACCGCUACUAUCAAUACCAAUACCAAUCGAAAUUCCUUACCUGCUUUGACAGAAGUUACUAGACGCGCCGCGCAUGUUACAAGAAAUGUACAAUGUACACAUUUGACUACUACACGGUUGUUUACAACAGAGUUUCGGUGUAGCAUUUGUUUUCGGGAAGGUUCAUUUGGAUGGAUUUGGAGAUGUACUCAAGAUCGCGAACUUAUGUUAGAGGAUGAUAUGGAUCAUGGACAUGCACAUGAUUUAUUAACUUUCCCAAAGAGUCAAGAGAAACUCGACGAUCUUUGUGAUAUUUUCCCAAGACCUACUUCACCCAGGCCACGUGGACCCGAGGCACGCAAGUCGAGAUUGAGUUUCCUAGAUGAAAUCAGCAAUGAAGAUCUCAAAACUUAUACACCCGCAAAAAUCCAAAUAAUCCUCAAACAACGCAGUCAUCUUCUUGACAUACUUGCCGAUUAUGAGGAGCCCGAACUCACAACGUCAAUCUCUUCCAGCAACAUCCCUCGUUUUUUGUUCAAUCCUUUCUCUCGCCCAUCACCCAUUGCCUCUCAAACAGCUCCAAACUUGAGAGUCACCAACCCACGUCCAUGGUUGCCAUCAAGAGGUACAGAGUGCCAGUUCAAAUGUUGCCAUACAUGCCGACCCACCCUCGUCGAUCGCAGUUACCUCAGUCUCAAUGCCAUUGUAAAUGACGACGUACCUUGUACCGCUACCACUGGAUUUGGGUUUAAUUUGCAGAAGUUUAGGCCCGUGGGCAAAGUUGAGCUUGUUAAGAACUUGGGAUUGAGACCAAAUCCAGUUUCACCCCCUCCAAACCGACCACGAUCUCGAAAUUUGCGAUAUCGAAGACAAGCAACCGAUCUUGGUCUUGGUAUUCUAAGUCAUCGAUCAAUUGCCACAUCCACUCCCAACAACCUGAAAUCCAAUUCUCUACCUUCUCCAACAUACUCCUGCAACCCGUCACGACCACUUCCAACCCCUUACCCCCGAUCCGAUUUCUUCUCCGACACUCCUUCCUCAACCCCCGGAUCUUUCCCGAGUUCUUCUACUGACAGCACUCCAACGUCCUCCGAAUCUACCUCCUCCUACCCGUUCCCAUAUAUUAAGAAAUCGGCUCCUCCCUACCAUCCAAGCAUCAGUAACAAUCCAUUCAGAUUCCUGAGCUCCAACAUUCUCCAAAAUCAUGCAGUACUGAUUCCUCUUCCUCCACAAACUCCCUCGGAAAUCUCAUUACUAGCUGCACCGACAACACCAACGCUAAUGGAAAAAUCCGAAUCCGAUGGUCGUUUUUUCGGCGCGGGACCUUUGGAGGUAGAAGAUGGGGUUGCGGUUAUGGAAGAGGGUGUUGGCUUACAUGUCCCAGAUGUUUUGAUUACACAAUUUUAA